AUGCCAAAAAAACCUUACGCUCCACCGGUACCACCGGAAUGCGGAAAAGCAUCACUUGGUUUACCGCCAUCAGUCCUCGCCAAACGUGAGAAAUGUGACAAAAACAACACAGGGUGUCCAACCCAAGUUCCUUACACCGCUAGAGUAGACUAUGACCACUGGUGUGAUCCAAACCAACCAAAAUCAGUAAUUUAUAAGGAUGUUGUGAAAGCUCAUAGUGUUAUAAAAGAAACAAUACAAAAUACUCCACUUUUGAUGCCAAAAAGUAAAAAUCUUUUUGAUAUGGAAUUAUAUUUAAAAAUAGAGACUUUACACGAAAGUGGAAGUUUUCACGAACGGAGCGCAAUUUACGCUUUAUACAUGUUAUCUGAUGAAGAACGUGCCGAUGGUGUCUAUACUGCGUCUAUUGGAAAUUGGGGAAUGGCCUUAGCGCAUGUUGGCAAGAAAAAGGGUAUUAAAGUAACUGUUGUCUUACCCAUCAAAACAAGCGUUGACGCGGUGAGAAGAACACAAGAUUAUGGUGCAAAAGUAGUGAUUUCUGGACAAAAUCUGGAAGAAGCCAGGCUAGAAGCAUUCAAUUUAAUUAAGCAACACGGCGCUGGCACUUACAUCAAUGGAUAUGACCAUCCGCACGUAAUUGCUGGCGCGGGCUCCAUCGGUAUUGAAUUAAUGGAACAGUUGCCUAACAUAGAUGCGAUUCUCAUCCCUGUUGGUGGUGGUGGAUUACUGGCUGGCAUAGCUACAGUAGUCAAAACUCUCAAGCCUGACACACUGAUUUAUGGUGUGGAGUCAUACGAAAGCUGUUGUUUUUUUAAAGCAAUGGAUAAUGAAAAGCCGUAUGCAACAGAAUGUAGCAUAACUGCACCGCUUGCUGUGCCAACUGCUGGAUAUAAUGCGUUUCAUACAGCACGCUCUCUCAUUGACAAAAUGGUAUUAGUCCAUUCUAAUUGGAUGAACCAGGUGAUUUUACGAAUGGCGGAAGAGGAGCGAUAUAUCGUAGAAGUUUCAGGUGCAGUUGCUUUGGCAGCCCUUUUUGCUAAACCAUACAUAGUGCCGGAACUUCGGGAUAAAAGAGUGGUUUGCAUCGUUACCGGUGCCAAUAUUGCCUGCAUCCCCUUGUCUCGGGCUCUAGAACACGGACUAGCUGUGGAAGGACGAUCUGUAUCUAUAAAAAUAUCGCUCCCGAAUGAUAAUACCAAGGAGUAUUAUAAGGUUUUGAAAAUUAUCGCAAACGUUGGAUGUAAUAUUAUUCAUUAUGACUCAGAUAACGUAUGGAGCACAGAAGAUGAUUUAUUUAAAUCCUACAUGACUGUCAUGUGUUCAACUCGUGGUUUGCAACACUCGUGUACGUUAAAGCGCGUCAUGGAGAAGUUAUUUCCGAACAAAUGUCAAUUUGCCGAUGUACCGUUCUGUGGCACUACCAAGUGUCCAUGUUUCCCCAAGCUGUGGCCUUUAUAA